GCAAAAUAUACUUUUUAUAUUUUUAACAACUUUUAAAUUAAAAAAAUAAAAAAUAAAAAAUAAAAACAAAAACAAAUAUUUACAUAAUAACUAAAUUUAGUGAAUAAAUUAUCCACACAAUGGGUAUUCCAGAUAUACGACAACUAAUAACUGUCGAAUUUGAGGUGUAUGGCCAUGUGCAGGGUUGUUAUUUCACCAAGUUUACCCGAGAUUUAUGCACUAAAGCUGGCAUUACCGGAUGGGUAAAGAAUUCCAAACAGGGGACAAUUGUUGGCAAAAUGCAAGGACCUAAAGAUGAAGUCGAUAAAAUGAUUAAUUGGCUGUCGACGAAGGGUUCUCCCGGUUGUCAAAUUGAAAAAUGUGAUUUACGAAAUAUGGGUACAUUAAAUCGUUUAGAUUAUAAGACAUUCGAGAUUAGAUUUUAGUUUAAUUUACUAUUACAUAAUUAGAUAUAUUAGGAUAUAAGAACGAUUAUUAAUUUAAAAUUGCAGAAUUUUUACUUUGAUUUGUAUAUUAUUUUUGUACAAUAAAUUAUUCCAUGGAAAAUGGGAACCAAAAUUUA